GCUCACUCUCGCGCGCCAAAUACGAUGCCCGCAUUCACUUUGGCAUGGCAUUGGCCGUGCGAUCGACGCGAUCCCGGCUGGCGCGUCGCACUAGACUGGGCUGCGAUUCGAAGCAGGGUUCGUCCUGCACCAGGCGUGCCGCAACAGCGUCAUCGACGUCAUACCCGUUCCCAUACCAUUCCCAGCCUCCCGACCUGCUUUUUAGCUAAAGCCGGCACGGCCACAGCGUGCCUUUGGAUCUGCAUUCGCUUUUCGCUCUGCUUUGCUUGUUGUUCAUUGCAAUUCCUUGACAUAUACCCAGUUCUGUUGAUAGUUACGAAGACACGACCGGUAUCAUGACGGCCCCGCAGGACAAGCCGCUCAAUGAGCUCCUCUCCCGCUCCAUGGUCGACGUCUACGUUGGCCCCGAGAACACGCACUGGAUCCUCCACGAGAAGCUCCUCUGCCACCACUCCCCCUUCUUCCGCAGCAUCUUCUACGGCAAGGGCUCCACCACAACAUCCUUCGGCCUCCCGGACGAAGAAGACGCCCCCUUCAAGACCCUCGUCGGCUGGCUGUACUCGUCCUCGCUCCCCGUGCCCCGCGAGGAGGGCGACCUCACCAUGCUCUUCGACCUGUACCUCAUGGCCGAGAAAUUCCAGAUCCCUGGCCUAAUCGCAGACGUAUUGCAGGUCGUGCGCGAAUGGUACAAGUUCAGCGACAGCUACCCCGGGUUGCGGCGCGUGCAGUACGUGUAUGCGAACACCGAGGAUGGAAGCCCCAUGCGGCACAUGCUGGUACACAGCGUGGCGCGCAUGAUGGUGCUCGAGCAGGGCAUCCCCGCGCACUGGGACAAGGCGCUCAAAAAGAACGGCCAGCUGGCGGUCGAUAUCCUCAGGGCUAUUCAGGACUGGCGGCUCGACGAGGCGGCUAUCCCCGAUUCAAGGGACGACCCGGCCGACGCGGAGGAGCUCAUCGACGUCGAGGCCGAGAUGGCGGAUGCGGAGGACGCCGACGGCGAGGUCGAAGCUGAAGCCGAUGGCGAAGAGGCUGACGCUGAGGAGGCCGACGAGGUCGAGCAGGACGACGAUGCGGAGGCCGAGGCAGGCGAGGACUCCACGGACGAUACCGUCGUCGAAAGCCCCGUGCAGGCGCAGCACCCCGCUGGUAAGAACCUCAAGAGCGCGGGCGGCAAGGCGUCCGACAUGGCCAAGAGCUUCAAGGAGAUGAGCCUGAAGGCUGUGCCCAACGGAUUGACUAACAACGACUAUGGCACGCUCGCACACUAGGUGUGCUUCUUUCUCGCACGCUUGAGAUGAGAUGAUUUACCUUGGCUUCAAUUUGCAUUGGCGACGUUACGACAUCUGGGCAAAAACAUGCGGCGUUGGUCUGGUUUGUUAUUUUACUUUUGCUUCGCUUCGCAUCUAAUACUUUUGCAUCUUUUGUUCCACGUGUAGUUCAGAUACCUUUUAUGUACAGUACGGCACAUGUUAAUCUAUCCAUAUGAGCAAUUCGGAUGGUACUGGG